CAAGCUGAACUGAACUGAGCCGAACCAGAGUGAUCCGAUCCGAGCCGAGCUGAUCCGAUCCGCGCUGCGCGGGCAGCAGGAGGAAGGAGAAGAUCUCAUCAGAUCCAGGAUACAAGUGGAACAACCUGCUGCAACCUGGCCAUGUGCUGAUGAGAAGUUGUUCUGGGUUUUGUAGCAGCCCCAGACUUUUGUACGAGGGGCUGAUGGAAACUCAUCGCUCCACACUGCUGGGGAAGAGAGAAGACACUCAAGCAAAGGGCUGCAUCUUGGUUCCUCAAGUUUUCCUCUCUCCUUGACAGUCUUGCCUCCUAUGUCCUUGAACAGAAAGGCAGGUUUUAAAUCCAGCGUGGCCAGAGGAGCAAUUCUUCCUCCAGGAUUUACCAUGUCUCCCUUCCUGCGUAUUGGUCUGUCCAACUAUGACAGUGGCCCUUACCUGCCAUCCCAGGGGGAGGUGAUUAACCCCUACUGUGCUGUGAUGGUUAAAGAAGCCGUGGAGUCAGAGAAUGGCCAAGUGUAUGUGCAGAAGAAGCCCACCAUGUACCCACCCUGGAACAGCACUUUUGAUGCCCACAUCAACAACGGCCGGGUCAUGCACAUCGUGGUCAAGGACAAAAGUGCUGAAAUGGUCUCAGAGACCACAGUGGAGCUCAAGGUGCUGGCAGAGAGGUGCAAAAAGAGCAAUGGGAAGACAGAGAUAUGGCUAGAACUGAAGCCUCAAGGGCGAAUGCUGAUGAAUGCAAGAUACUUCCUGGAAUUAAGUGAUGCAAAGGACCUGGCUGACUGUGAGACUGAAGGCUUCUUCUCCUUGCACCAGCGCAGGGGAGCCAUCAAACAGGCCAAGAUCCACAAUGUCAAGUGCCACGAGUUCACAGCCACCUUCUUCCCACAGCCCACCUUCUGCUCUGUGUGCCACGAGUUUGUCUGGGGUCUGAAUAAACAAGGAUAUCAGUGCAGACAGUGUAAUGCUGCCAUUCAUAAGAAGUGCAUUGACAAAGUAAUAGCCAAGUGUACAGGAUCAGCAAUCAAUAGCAGAGAAACAAUGUUCCACAAGGAGAGGUUCAAGAUCGACAUGCCCCACCGCUUCAAAGUGUACAACUACAAGAGCCCCACGUUCUGUGAGCACUGUGGCACCCUCCUCUGGGGCCUGGCACGGCAGGGGCUGAAGUGUGACGCCUGUGGCAUGAACGUCCACCACAAGUGCCAGACCAAAGUGGCAAAUCUUUGUGGAGUGAACCAGAAACUAAUGGCUGAAGCUCUGGCAAUGAUAGAGAGCACUCAGCAGGCUCGCUGCCAGCGUGACAGUGAACAGAUCUCCAGGGAUGGACCUCUGGAAAUUGGCUUCCCUGUUCCUGUGAAGGAUGUGACACCACUUCAGGCCUUGCCAGCAUCUACAACAGGAAAAAAAGAGCCACAAGGCAUCUCCUGGGAGACUCCAGUGGAGGGCACAGUGAAGGGGGAGUCUCUCAUCGAGUCAGACUUGGGAGAGCAGUCCCAGGAACAGCAGGAGCACCAAGUGCAGUUAAAACUGACCAUUGAAGAUUUUGUCCUGCACAAGAUGCUGGGGAAGGGCAGUUUUGGCAAGGUGUUCCUGGCAGAGCUGAAGAGCACAGACCAGUACUUUGCUGUGAAAGCCCUGAAGAAGGACGUGGUGCUGAUGGAUGAUGACGUUGAGUGCACGAUGGUGGAGAAGAGAGUCCUGUCCUUGGCUUGGGAGCACCCAUUCCUCACUCAUGUCUUCUGCACGUUCCAGACCAAGGAAAACCUCUUUUUUGUGAUGGAAUACCUCAACGGAGGAGACCUCAUGUUCCAUAUCCAGAGCUGCCAUAAGUUCGACCUUCCCAGAGCAACGUUUUAUGCUGCUGAAAUCAUUUGUGGGCUCCAGUUCCUCCAUUCCAAGGGCAUAAUAUACAGGGACUUGAAGCUGGACAAUGUCCUCCUGGACAACGAGGGGCACAUCAAGAUUGCUGACUUUGGGAUGUGCAAGGAGAACAUGUUUGGGGAUGCAAAGACCAGCACUUUCUGUGGGACUCCUGACUAUAUUGCCCCUGAGAUACUGCUGGGGCAGAAGUACAACACCUCAGUUGACUGGUGGUCCUUUGGUGUCCUCCUGUAUGAGAUGCUCAUUGGCCAAUCCCCUUUCCAUGGCCAAGACGAAGAGGAGCUUUUCCAGUCCAUCCGUAUGGAUAACCCCUUCUACCCUCGCUGGCUGGACAAGGAUGCAAAGGACAUUUUGGUGAAGCUUUUUGUGAGAGAGCCUGAGAGGAGACUGGGAGCGAGAGGGAACAUCCGCCAGCACGCCUUUUUCCGGGAAAUCAACUGGGAAGCUUUGGAAGAGAGAAGGAUGGAGCCUCCCUUCAAACCAAGAGUGAAAUCUCCGAGUGACUGUAGCAACUUCGACAAGGAAUUCCUAAAUGAAAAACCCAGACUGUCCUGUGCUGACAGAGCACUGAUUAACAGCAUGGACCAAAAUAUGUUCAGCAACUUCUCUUUCGUGAACCCUAAAAUGGAGAAAAUAUUUUCCUGAGAUCUGCCUUACUGAAGGAAUUCUUUGUAAUGAUUUGAGUAGCACUUUGUCAGCUGAAGACUGUGCAUGGUUAUUUUUAUCAAGAACCCUCCAGAAAGAAAGCACCUCAGUGAAAGUUUGUACCAUGCCUGGAGGCUUCUGACUUACUCCAGUCCAUAGCAGAUGCCAGCCCACUCUUCAUUGAUGAUAAAGUUUCUUUGUGAUAUCUUUUGGUCUCUCUUCUCCUUCUUAUCAAUGUUCUUGAAGUUGAGAGCAUCUGAAAAUGAGGAGGUGCCAACACCUUGUACACACAGCCAACAGGUUUCUCUGUAAGGAAAAACAAGUAUAUUUGAGCUUCUGGUGAUGUCAGUGCCCAUUUCUGCACCUCUGACCCAGACUCAUCUUCUUCUGAAGGAAAAGUGGUUUGCUCAAGGCCUGAGAGUAUCAGGGAAGAUUCAGGUUGGAUGUUUUGGUAACUUCCACUUGUACCUGUGCAGAAUUGCCAAUGUGUGCACAGCUUUGAAAAAGAAAUUUGCUCCCUACACCCUUUAAAAAUGCUGCUUCCGGGUGUUAGGACUCAGUUUUUCUCCAUGGGACAAAGAGAUUUUUUUCAGGUGCCCAAUCCACCAUCUGCACCUCUCAAUGGAUCAUUACCAAAGGAAGUGCCAAGAUCAGUACAGAAACCAGGGAUUUACACUCAGUGCCUGAGCAGGGAGGAUGGGAAGUUGCAGAAUGCUUCAAGAGCCCUGUUGUAAAGCUUUAAGUGUCUGAUCACACACCAGACUCAGGGCAGGAUCUCGAUGGGGCUUUCUGACAUUUUAACCAAAAACCACACGAGAAAAAUGCAACGUUUCCUCAACCAUUGUUUAAGCAUUGUAAAAGUGGCCUUCCAGUCACAGGAUUGGGGUAUUUCACUUGCAAGGUACUAACUGGUCCUGAAACGGCUGAUUUAGUUUCUGUUUCUCUAAAUGAUGUCCCAGCUCUUUGGCACAGCUGCACACGAUGGCCAGAGGGCAGGAGGCACAUCAGGUGAGGGUGGCCCUCACCUCCACCUUGUGACAUUUUGCUGUGUGUUCUAUCCCUUUGCAGUCUGUGGGAAUGUAGGUGGGUUUAAAAAAAAAA